AUGAGCUCCCCUACAUUGACAUUGAAACCGAUAAUGAAGACUGUUAUGUCAAGAUCGACUUCGAUACGAGGCCUGGCCGCAACGGCGGAACAGCAAAGACAAGAUGCGGGAUGUUAUCUACCAAGAGAAUCACCGCUAAGGAUGAUGAGUACAGAAGUACAAGAUAAUUCUUGGGGUUGGUAUGUGAACGUAGAUGUAACUCCCGGGAGACAAGAACAGCCACAACAAGAACAGCCAAUGGUUAUCCCCACACCACCAUUUUUCCGUAGCCAUCGCGACAAUAGUGUCUUCCAACGUCUGAAAGCGGGAGCCAACAAAUCUCCCAUGGAUUGGCCAAGUCUUCCCCUGUAA